AUGAAGGCCUUUUCCGCCUUCUCGCUCCCGUUGCGCCGGCUUACCACUCGACGGCCAUGGACCUGCUCCAACUGUCGUGGAGGCCCGUUGGCGCAGCAGUCUAGCCGGGCACAACAGCAGCAACAGCACCGAUUUGGCAACACUGCACGCGGGUUCUCCUCGACAACCACGAAGGCUGCGAUCAGCAGGGCUGCGCCUAAGACUGGCGGUGGUCGCAAGGGUGGUCGCGUGUGGCUCCUUGCUUCUGGUGGUGGCGCUGCGACCGCGGGUGUCCUUGCGUUCACCGACGAUAUCAAGUACGGCUACGAUGCGGCGGAGCGCGCCGGCCGUGUUGCUGCUGCGCUCGCGGUGUGCAUUAACGACUACCGGACGACUCUCAACCAAAAGGAAACGAUAGACGAUCCCGAAUUAGCAAACAAGAUCCUGAAGGACUGUCACCAGCGAUGCGCCGAUCGAACAUUGAAGGUUCUAGAGAAGAAUGGUGGAAUCUUCAUCAAGCUGGGUCAGCAUCUUAGUGCGAUGAACUACCUCCUCCCGCAAGAGUGGACAAACACAUUUAUCCCGCUACAAGACAAGUGCCCCGUAUCCUCCUUCGAGUCAAUUGAGGAAAUGUUCCGCAAGGAUACUGGAAAAGAGCUCUGGGACUACUUCUCCGAAUUCUCCAACGAACCGAUCGGUGCUGCGUCUUUGGCCCAAGUACACACCGCGACAGUAAAGGACACAGGAAUGCCUGUAGCCGUCAAAGUGCAGCAUCCCGGACUAGGCCAGUGGUCUCUUCUCGACCUAGCUCUGACACGAUUCACGUUCUCGACACUCAAGCGCUUCUUCCCGGAAUAUGAUUUGGAAUGGCUUUCCAACGAGAUGGAUAUUUCAUUGCCGAAGGAAUUGGAUUUCAGGGAAGAGGAGUACAAUGCCAAUCGCACAAGGGAACAUUUCUCUAAGCUGCCCGAGCAUCCACUCGUCGUUCCCGGUGUUCUCUGGUCGAAGGAGCGAAUUCUGGUCAUGGAGCGGGUCCCGGGACAUCGAUUAGACGACCUCGAGUACCUCGACGCCAACGGUAUUGAUCGAGACGAAGUUUCCGCUUGUCUCGCACGUAUUUUCAACGAAAUGAUCUUUGGCCAUGAUGCGACCCUGCACUGCGACCCCCACGGCGGAAACCUGGCCAUCCGGAAGAACGAGUCGCGGCGCGGCCUCCGCGGCGGGCACAACUUUGAUAUAAUUCUCUACGAUCACGGCCUCUACCGCGAAAUCCCCCGCGACCUACAGCGCUCCUACGCCAAGAUGUGGCUCGCCGUCAUCGACGGGGACAUGAAGCGCAUGCGCAAGUACGCCAAAGAGGUGGCCAACAUCAACGACGAGCAGUUCCCCCUCUUCGCCUCCGCCAUCACGGGCCGCGACUGGAGCGUCCUCAACAGCGAGGGCUCCGUCCUGCAGACGCGCACGGCCGACGAGAAGAAGGAGAUGGGCGACGCGCUGCAGGAGGGCCUCAUCGUCGACCUCGUCCAGCUCCUCGGCCAGGUCCCGCGCAUUAUUCUCCUCAUUCUCAAGACCAACGACCUCACCCGCAGCCUCGAUGAGAAUCUGCACACCCGCCAGGGCCCCAUCCGCUCCUUCAUGAUCCUCGCGCGGUACUGUACGAGGACCGUAUUCGAGGAGCAGCUCGAGGAUCUCAAGCGGCGGGGCUCCCUCCUGUGGCUGCCGAAUACUUUGCGCCUCGUGUCCGCGUGGAUCGGGUUCUUGAGGGUGGAGUUCAAGCUUGGGGCCUUUGAGCUGUAUCUCAGCGCCAAAAGGGUAUUUGGGUUCAAGGGCGUGGAGUUUUCGGCUCCGGGCAUGUGA